CGGGAAGCUGCAGCAGGACCGGCACAAGCGCGGAACACUGGGUUUUUAGUCACCGCGAGGCCGGCGGCCCUUGCAUCUGCACAGGAGUAGAGAAGAUGGCGAAUAAAGAGAUGUUUGAAGAUACAGUGGAAGAACGUGUCAUCAAUGAAGAGUAUAAGAUAUGGAAAAAAAAUACCCCAUUUCUGUAUGACCUGGUUAUGACCCAUGCACUUGAAUGGCCAAGUCUAACAGUUCAGUGGCUCCCGGAUGUGACUAGACCAGAAGGAAAGGACUAUGCGCUGCACUGGUUGGUCUUAGGUACUCACACUUCAGAUGAACAAAAUCACCUUGUAGUGGCUCGUGUCCAGAUUCCCAAUGACGAUGCCCAGUUUGAUGCCUCACAUUAUGAUAGUGAGAAAGGAGAGUUUGGUGGCUUUGGUUCUGUUAGUGGCAAAAUUGAAACAGAAAUUAAAAUUAACCAUGAAGGAGAGGUGAACCGCGCUCGUUACAUGCCCCAAAAUCCAUGUAUCAUUGCAACUAAAACUCCUUCUGCAGAUGUGCUGGUUUUUGAUUAUACCAAACAUCCUUCUAAACCUGACCCUAGUGGAGAUUGCAGUCCUGAUCUCAGACUUAGAGGACACCAGAAGGAAGGCUAUGGCCUAUCUUGGAACUCAAACCUUAGUGGACACCUUCUCAGUGCAUCAGAUGAUCAUACUGUUUGUUUAUGGGACAUAAGCGCAGGACCAAAAGAAGGCAAGGUAGUUGAUGCAAAAGCCAUCUUUACUGGCCAUUCUGCAGUAGUAGAGGAUGUGGCGUGGCACCUUCUGCACGAAUCCUUAUUUGGCUCUGUUGCAGAUGAUCAGAAGCUUAUGAUCUGGGACACAAGGUCAAAUACCACUUCUAAACCCAGCCAUUCAGUGGAUGCGCAUACUGCUGAGGUCAAUUGCUUGUCCUUCAAUCCAUACAGCGAGUUCAUUUUGGCCACAGGUUCUGCGGAUAAGACUGUAGCUCUUUGGGAUCUCAGGAAUUUAAAGCUGAAGCUCCAUUCCUUCGAAUCUCAUAAGGAUGAAAUUUUCCAGGUUCACUGGUCUCCUCAUAAUGAAACUAUUUUAGCUUCCAGCGGUACAGAUCGAAGACUUAAUGUCUGGGAUUUAAGUAAAAUUGGAGAAGAGCAGUCAGCAGAAGAUGCUGAGGAUGGACCUCCUGAGCUUUUGUUUAUACAUGGAGGGCACACAGCAAAAAUCUCUGACUUCAGCUGGAACCCAAAUGAACCAUGGGUGAUAUGUUCAGUGUCUGAAGAUAACAUCAUGCAAAUAUGGCAGAUGGCUGAAAAUAUUUACAAUGAUGAAGAACCUGACAUACCAGCUUCUGAGCUAGAAGCUCAAGGAUCAUAGAUCUUUUUCCUUUUUCUUAUUCACACUCACUAUUGCAGAUGCUGCCACAUUUGUGACGUGGUUAAUGUUUGUGUAAGUUAAUUUGCAAUUCUGAGUACAUGUAUUGACAUUUUCUUUGUAAAUUGUAUUGUAAUAUUCUUGCUCUUUGUAUUGGAUACCUGGGGGACUCGCUGAAGCGGCUGAUGGAAUAAAAAAAAAAAAUUAAUAACAA